ACCGCAGAACAGCAUACAUGAGUGUGAUGACAAUUGAUUGCUGAAAGCCACAGACCACACUGAGCACUGAACGUCAGAGCAGAGUACAGAGCCAGCUGCACCACAGCGGAGGAGCAGAAUAAACAGCACCAGAACCACCAUUUGGGCCAGGCGGCAACUGAAGAGGAUGCAGUCCUUUCUGCUGCUGGUGUUAACAGCCUGCGGGGCUCUGACCCAGGAGAACCAGAUCGAGAGAAUCCAGGAGUGUGGAGGGCAGUGCUCACAGGGUCUGCAGUGCAGAAACAGGCUCCACUCACCCUUUGCUCCUUGCAAAACGCAGCCCAAACGUCUCCAAGGAGCAGUUAUUCACGGGAUGAGCGUUGCCACGGUGAUGAGGUGCGAGAGGAGGCAGAAGUGUUCUCUCCAUCUCCGGGUCGCCAGCAGCGUGCAGAUCAGCGAACACAUCCAGGGUGUGUCCAUGUGCACUGUUUCCGCGGGGAUGCUGGAACGCUGCGUUCUCACCAGCUUCCCCAGAGCGGCCCAGGCCCAGCAGGUGGAAGUACAGAAUGAUUGCUUUAAUGUAAGCCCUGGCCAAGACGUUCAUGUGACAGUGAACACUGUCCCCAACUACUGCAAUGUGACCCGGUCUCAGCGAUACCGAGUUCAAGGCUGUUACAAUGAUGACCUGAGGAACAAUCUCCCAGAAUGCAUUACUGGGAAGAUAGCGUACUCUGUGGACCCGGAGAGGCGGGAGCUGUCUGUGAGCGUGACGGACAUGCUGGAGGACAGAGACUAUCACCUGAGGCUGUGUCAUCGGUGGCACACCUGCACAGGCACGGGGGCCUACACACUGAUCAAACGGGAAGAUCGCUUCAAGAACGUGACAUUUCCUUUUGUCAGACCUCUGCCCUGCCUUUGUAUUGAGGGCUGGUCAUCUAUGGUUGAUGCUCCCAGGAUUCAAGUCUACCCAUUCAGAAACCGCACAGAGGAGCUGUGGAUGGGGGUGACCUUUGACCCCGAAGAGGAGGCGUUGUCAUGGGAACUGGCAUGUCCCAUGGAGGUGGUGACCACUCUUUGCCACAAAGUAGGAGAGGACAGCUGCCUGGACCUGGUCAACUCUAGUCAGAGUGCACACAAGAGGAAGGUGACCUACUCCAAAGUGGACUCAAACCCACAGCUUUGCAUUAAGUUCACCACCAAAGCACGGUCCUGGAUCAAAUGUCCCUUUGCUGACGGGAAUUUUCCAGCCUGGCACCUGACCGUGAGCUCCGAUGCGGGCCAGCUGCAGGCCACCCUGACCUCUCGGAUCAGAUCCGAGCUCUCUCUGCGCCUGUGUAAGAACAGCCAUCCCUCAGCUUGCAAUGAUGUCAUCUCAGUCCCCAUGGAGAAAGCAAAUUCUUUAUCCAUCAACCUAACCGUGGAUAUGUGCAAAGCUGACGCCUGCAUCCAGGUGAGGAGGGUGGACGCCCGGUUCACUAUCCCCCUGCUUAUGUGCCACUUCCAGUGCCCUAAAGUCCAGCCUGUGGAGGUCAGAGGUCAGCGCUGGGAGAUGGAGUGGAUGCUGGUAUUGGCUGUUGCCUGCCUGACCGUGGUGAUGGCUGCAGCACUGGUGGGAAAUAUCGUGCUGUUAGUGUGUUACAGAAGACGUGUUGGUGCUUGUCCGUUCCAACGGUCCACAGACCCACGCCCAGCUGGGGUCACCCUCCUCCGCACCACGGAUGAUGAGGGCCACGCCCACCUGGCCAGGGACCUGGAGAAGCUCCUGCUUGGCUUGGGCAUGUCUGUAAAACUCGCAGAUUUAGACGAGAAAGCAGACGGAGAGCAGGCGCUUUGCAGUGACCUCGUGGUGCUCCUGUGGUCAAAAGGCUGUGGCCGGCACCUCGACCGGCUGGCUGUGGGGGGCUGCAGGGCCGCCCCUGCUCAGAGAGAGCAUGCCACCCCAGCUCCGGUUAGGGUCGACAUCGUCACGUACGACGGGCUCACCGUCGCCCCCGAUGAGGUGCCCGCGUGGCUGAAUGCCGUUCCUCUCAAACAACUCGAAGUUUUUUUUACCGACACUCACUACGCAGGCCAGCCGCCCCUCCCUACCUGGCACCUCUUCCCUGGUCAGCGUCACCACGGACACUUCCAAACUCCGAUUCAGGCUGCUCCCGAGUCCGACAGCAGCGAGAAAUCAAAUCUGCUGUGUGAUUUUCUUGUGGAAGCAAAAGCAGAAAGCUAAGUAGUGAAAGAGUGUGCAGUGUGCAGGUUAUAAGCUCUUCACUCACAGGAGUGAUGUUACAGAGGCUUCAAGUAAUGCCCCCUAACCAACCCAUAGUGUGGCAGCACCUUCCCUUCAGCAGUGACCUCUGCAUUUAAGCUAGUAUUUAAUUACAACAGUUUAGUAAGCAUUAUACUAUGCGUUACGUUAUAUUAUAUUGUAUAUAUAAGUCUAUA